AUGAAUUAAGCGCUCCUAAAUUCUCAGAAAUCAAUUGUUUAUUGCAGUUUUUCAAAUAUAAAGAAUUCUUAGGUUGGGAAUGGAAGAAACUUACAACUCCUUAAUUAAAAUAAUAUUCUGAGGUCUAAUGUUCAAAAUAUCAUUAAAACCAAUAACUUAAACAUAAGAGAACUUUACAAAACAAUAUUCAUACAUGCUAACCAUCUUAUUAGCAAAUUUAAAAUGUUUAAAUUAUACCCCAAUAAAUCCAAAAAUCGAUUUUACAAAAGUAUUAUUUAUUCGAUUAUUUAGAUGUUAAGAACAGAAGAGAUAAAUAUUUUUGA